GCCAUUACUUCCAAGUUCGAGCUACGCCACCACACCGCUACAUAUGUUGCAUCCACACCGUCAUCAUCGAACCAACCUUCCAUCAUCCAUCCAUCGGUUUCAGUUCUUUCUGAGCUGGAGCGCCCAUGGAUGUAGAGGAGGGAGCAAGCAACGCCCCCGUCUUCCCGGUGCCGCGGCAGCAGGCCCCGGCGACGACGCUGCUGUUCCCGCCACCAACGACGCCGCCGCUGGCACCCUACUACUACUACUCGUCAUCGUCUUCUCCGGCGACGCCGUCCCGCCUGACGCACCACGUGACGCUGAGCCUCACGAGCCUGCCCAUCCUGGUGCUCACCGUGCUCGGCAUCCUCACCACCUCCGCGCUCCUACUCACCUACUACGUCUUCGUCAUCCGCUGCUGCCUCACCUGGCACGCCUCCUCUCCCAACUCCGGCGGGCCCAGAAGGCUCAUAAUUUCUCUCUCCCGCCGUCGUCGCAGCCGCAGCAGCGCCGCCUACGACCAUGAGCUUCCCGUGGUGCACGGGCCGGCUCCUGACGAGGGUCGUGGCGGGCUCGGGGAGCCGGCCAUCCGGGCGCUGCCGGAGUUCAGAUACAGCAAGGCCGCCAAGAACGGCGCCGACGCGAGCGAGUGCGCCGUGUGCCUCGGCGAGUUCCAGGAGGGGGAGAGGGUGAGGCUCCUGCCGGGCUGCCUCCAUGUCUUCCACGCGGAGUGCAUCGGCACUUGGCUCCAGGGCUGCGCCAACUGCCCGCUCUGCAGGGCAGCCAUCACCGCCACCAUCGGCAAACAAGCUCCAUUGAUUGAUCAGCCCCUGAGACCAGAGGAGGUUGUCAUCCAGGUGCAGGUCGACCUCGCCGGCACUGGAGAAGAAGGCACACUGACACAGCAACAAGAAGGCGGCACGGCGGCCUCGAAGAACAGCACCCGCUUCGAUGGAGAUGGCAGCAGCAGCAGCACUGAAGCACAUUGUAGGUAGUGAUUUUAGUUAGUUAGCUGCAUCUUAGCUUACGGCAAAGCAAAUUGUGUCACAUUGUUUGGGUGUUCAUCUCUUUUGCCGCUUGCAAGAUUAGUGUAAGAUAGUAGGAGUAGAUUAUAAGAGGAGGUUGUGCAGAGCAUUUGUAUUAUCUUUAAUGGAGGAUAAUUAGUUGUUAUGACA